AUGUCAUCUACAAAUACAAAGCAAUGCCAUGCCACCACUUCACCUUACGAAGAAAGCAUUGGAUAUUAUCGAGCAGUUCGCCGCCUGAAUCACAUUUUCGUCUCAGGCACCACUGCCGUUGAUCCUCAAUCGCCAGUCAGCUCACCACAAAUCCUUUUUCCAGGCGACGCAAAACAACAGACACGUGUAGCCAUCGAAGAGUGCAUCAAGGCUAUCAAAGCUGUCGGUGGCAAGGGUGUUCAAGAUAUUGUUCGAGUGAGGAUGUUCGUCAGUCGCCAUGAGGACUGUACAGCAGUGGGAGAAGGGUUUAGAGAUAUACUUGGGAAGCAUCACCCCUGCGAAAAUGGUCAGAUUGGCGCUGCAGCUACGAUGAUUGUUGUUCAGAAUGGGUUUAUCAAUAAGGAUAUGCUUGUUGAGAUCGAGGUUGAUGCUAUCGCUGAUGAUAUUUAA